AGGAGGAAGUGACCAGAUUAAUCAGCAACACGUGUGAAGUUUCGUACACACAUGAACACACAUUCACACGCACCAGACAUUCAACAAUACAGACACAUGCUGACACAGACUCACACACAGAUAAUAAAUUUGAGUUUAAAUUUGAACGAACCACUCUCACACUAUCUCAUAAUUUCCAGACGAGAACACAGUCGACAAGAUGAAGAAGCUUAUUCUUACACUUCUGAUGUUCUCAUCCGGCUAUUCUGAGCCUCGAGACCUAUCAGGUAAAGUGUUCACUUUUCCUCUGGAGACCAACACAGCACACGUGAGACUGACAACGUCCAAAGAGACUUUCACCUCCAUGACCGUGUGUUUCAGGUUCUUCACAGACCUCUCCAGGAACCAUGCCCUCUUCUCCAUGGCCACGCGCUCCAGCGACAAUGCCUUCCUGGUCUUCAAGAGCGCAGCUGAUGGCCGGAUCCUUCACUAUGUCCAGAACAAAGAGGCCCGGUUUGACGGGCUUGACUUCUUCUCCAACAUCUGGCAACCAUUCUGCUCCACCUGGGCCUCUGACAGCGGGCUGGUUCAGCUGUGGUUGAACGGCAAGCCGAGCUCCCGCAAGUUCACAGAGUCAGCUCCACUCAAAGGGACGCCCAUAGUGGUCUUGGGACAGGAGCAGGAUUCCCAUGGCAGUGGUUUUGCAGCCGACCAGUCUUUCGUGGGCAUGAUUUCCAACGUUCACAUGUGGGACUAUGUCCUCUCGCACUGUGAGAUUCAACAAUUCUCCAGCGAAAUGAGCUUCACCCCUGGGAACGUGAUCAACUGGAGAGCCCUAGAGUACCAGGUGUCUGGGAAAGUUCUGGUGGAGGACAAACACCAGAGCUGUUCCAAUUAAUGAACCCUGAAACAUCAACAUAGUAAUACGGAUUGUCCUGUGUACAACAUACAAUCAUCCUAGCUACAUACCCUGUCCUGUGUACAACACACACCUAGUAACACGAGUCAGAAGUGUGGUCAAAUCAAUUGUUUCAUAAUUCUGGAACUAAGACUAGAAAUCUGUUAUUCAUUCAACACUUGGGACCAGUGUUUCAAACACAGUAUACUACGACUGUUCUGGUACUGAGUCAUACGACAGUCUCAAAUACCUUGUCAUAUUUUUACAUGCGUAAACACCAAUUGUUUCAGUUGUGCGUCUCUGCUGCCAGUGGAUUCUGUUAGGCAGGACUAAUAUAAUCUGGUUAUGGGUGUCAGAACUCCUUUUGUGUGUGAAAUUAAACAUGACGAGAAACAUGAUUGUGAGGCUGCUUGUUUCACAGUAUUUUGCAACUUAAAACUAUCCCAUAGCUACUCAGUGAUGCCUCAGUGCCUAUAUUGGUAUCCAGUCACUCCCCACUGCACCAUGCAGCAUGAAAUGGGCCCAAAUCAUCAUCUGCUGUAACAAAAAUGAGACCAACUCUUGGUGCAAGAGUAAGUGAG